AUGGAGCCGCCUGAUGUGCUGACCACCUGUGUGGUGGCCUCGGUAUACGCAUUGACAGUGAAAGUAGGCCUACUCGGUAACUGCUGGGUAGUCAGCUCGGUCAUGAAAAGUCGACGGCCGAGGAAUACGAUGGGUUCACUCAGUCCUUCAGACCGCCUCAGGACAUAUAUUGGCCUUCUGGCCAUCCUCGACCUCUUGGUCAUCGGAUCAUUGGUCAUCCGAGUUGUAUAUAUUCUACUACCUUACACUUCUACUCGUAAGUAAAUAUCAUUUUAAAAUUAAUAAAUCUUUAUUCCUUAUAUUGCUGAUGCAUAAUAUCAUAUUACAUGGCUUUUAUUGUAUUUAUAGUAAUUUAUUUAGAGAAUAUAAAGCAUAAUCUUGUCCUUGUUAAGCCGCUUCUUUAUUUCAGAAGAAACCAACUGCCGAGUAGCCUUUGUGAUAGAUCAUCUCGUCAAGCUGGCUUCCCUAACAUGCUUGGCCUGUAUAUCUAUGGAACGAUAUAUCACUAUCAGAAAACCGUUCAGUUCCAGAAUCCGCAAGAGAUUCAUCCAACUGACGCCAGUCGUCGCGUUGACCAUUCUGGUCACGGUACUCAUCGCCAUCGGAAUCCUGGCCUGCAACGUGGGCGUGGGAGAGAACGAGGUGGACUGCCAACAAAACAACUACAACAACGUGGCAGUAAAGACCUCCAGAUGGAUCAUAUUGUGCUCCUUCUUUGGCCAACUCCUCAUCGUCUCCGCCAACUAUGGCCAGAUCGUCCGCCACGUCCGCCGAAAGUUUUGGCAACGGAAGGCGAGAGUCGUGGCCAACGCCAAACACCAGAGCAAGCAGCCACUGGUGUCACAACCUCGGUACAUGCGUGACAUGACGGCCGCCAUCGUGAGGAUCGCGUGCUUCCACGUGAUUUGCUGGCUACCUUAUUGUGUUAUGCAGAUGGUCUCCGAGUACUACGGCACUGAGCUCCGUUCCACGAUGCCCACAAACCUGAAGUCGCUGGAAGACAGACAGAUAAACUCGUGGACCUGGACAGUGUUUGUGGCCGACUGGCUCACUUACGUCAACUCGGCCGGAAACUGGAUUCUGUAUGCGGCGAUGAACAAGGACCUCAGGUCGAUUAUUAGGUAAGAAUUGGUUUAAAAACUAAUGUUAUGUUAUUCUUUAAACACCGCUAGUAUGUAUAAUAUUCACUGUAAAGACUGUUUAUUAAUAAUCUCAUUUCAGAGCAACGACUGAACGCAGGAAACGGUCAACGAUGUCGCAGAGUUCUCCACCGUCCAACAUACACAGGAGCCUGAGAAGACACAUGGCCCAGUCGCUCCGCUUCUUCUACUCCAUCAACUCCUACAGAUCCAACAACAACAGUUUCGACGAUUCUCUUACUACGUGCCACGCCAACGGCUCUCUGGAUUCGUCUCCCAUGGCUGUGGCACGCUCCAUCUCCAACGCUGGAGCACAUCAAGGAGCUGAGGUCGGGUUGUUCGGAAUGAGGAACGGCCGUGCCCAUACCUACUGUUCUCCACGGUCUUCGAACGGACUGUCCGUUGCCAGUUGUAAUGGGUCUAUCCAUUCUCCAGCUAAUUUGCAUAAAUAUGUCAUCGCCUCCAGAAACUCACCGUGCUCUUCUCCGAAGCCCAUUCUGAAUGCUUUGCUUGGGAAUUCGAAUGAGAAGUUGAAUUCCCAAGCACGGUACUUGUAA